UCAAUUUUAAUACAUUGUUAUUGUUUUUAUAUUUAGAUACAUGUUGCACCAAGUGUAUGGAAGCUAAUUUAAAUUGAUAAUAUCAAAAAAGCGAACGCAUUUUAAAUUAAAAAGAAUUAUACUUGUCAAAAAGCUGUCAAAAAUUUAAUACAUUUUUGCAUACGAAUACGAGUAUGGUUUUACUAGACAAUUCCUCGUUUAUAAUCCGGCUUGAAAAAUUUGCUAAUGCUGCGAAGAAGGACUCUUCUUUUUCCGUAACAUUCAAGCGCUAUAAUGGUCAAAAUAGACCGAAACCUCGAGAGGGACGAUCAGAACUGCCGGAACCUGAAGUAUAUUUGUGCCUUAUGCGUGCACAAACGAAAUCAAAAAAAAUAUCUACUAUAGUGCGGCAAGAGGAUGUACCCAGAAUGAUUAAUAUGUAUGGGCAAUUCAUGAAAAGCAACAUGGAUGGUCUGAAGCGUGUUAAGAAAGCGAAGAGCAAGUCAAAGGCGGCAAAAGGAUAAAAGUAGUCAGAAUUUAUAUUUGAAUGCAUCUAACUUUAAUGGUUUUAACAGGAUAACUUUUUAUUAAAAAAUAAUAAUUUUGAAACUGGUGUAAAAAAAAAGCAUAUUGGUAAAAAAAAAACUUUA